CAACUGACCGUCAGCAAAUACCGUCCAUUUGCCGUCGGACGUUCGGAGGAGGAACACAGAACCGCGCACGCACUUUUUUCUAUUUUGUUCGGCACAUACAUAAUUAUAAAUAACAAUUCGUCUCCAUAUAUUGAACACUUAAUUAAUAUUAAUAUGACGCAUCUUUUAAUUGGCUUUUCCCAGCCAGAAAUUAAAGAAACUGUCGCCAAUUUCGGCACCCUGGAUGCAACGGUUAAGGAGCUGCUCCUGAGUGCACAUGCUGUGCGCCAGCGCGCCUAUGCGCCCUACAGUAAUUUCAAGGUUGGUUCCGCCUUUCGCGCCACUCCCAGCAACAUUAUCUUCACCGGCUGCAACGUUGAGAAUGCGGCAUUCACGCCAACUGCUUGUGCCGAGCGCACGGCUCUUACCAAGGCCAUAAGCGAGGGCUAUCAACAAUUUUUAAGUGGCGCUGUGGUAGCUUAUGCACCGGAUGUCUUCACCUCCCCUUGCGGCGUCUGCAGACAAUUUAUUCGAGAGUUUGCAGGCAGCACGGAUAUUCCAAUCUUUAUAGCACGAGCCAUAGCAGACCGAUCUUUAGAGCAACCUUUCCUUGACGAUGAUCCAGUGUUGUGUACAUCCAUCUUUAAUCUAUUACCAAACAGUUUCCACACUUACUAAUACUUAAUCAGUCUUGAGAGAGUUCAAGUUUACCUCAAUCCAAAACUUGUUAUAUAGUAUAUAUUUUAUGGGUAUUACAGUGACCACAAUAAAUACAAUUUAAAAAAAACUA